GUUGUAGGGGCGGGGUUCUGACGGACCACAGUUAUUUCUUCUGGGUGAUUGUCGUCUGUCCCGAGCACAGCGACAGUAUUUGCUUCAGUGGUACUGUUUCUGUUCUAGUAACACUUCUCUGUCCAGGGGUACAAAAGUGAUGCUUUACUGUGACUGGUCCACAGAGAAGCAGAGAUUAUCACAAGCGGUGGUAAUCAUAUUUUAGCCUUCUGCAAGGAGUAGCCUAUAAUUUUUCCCCCUUUCCGCUUGAAGACUUUGAGUUUUCCGCCUGUAGUAUUCCGGAGCGCUUUACUCGGUAACUUUUCUGUCUCUGAGAGAAAACAUUUCGGCGUGUUCUUUUUUUUGGCGCUUUUGUGUAUCAAUAAGGAUUUUCAGCUGUGUGGUUUCUACAAAGGGAUGCCUCAAUUUUCUCCUUAGCUACAUGUAAAUCUUUUUGCACACCAGACUCUGCUGCCGCCGCUGGACAUACGAGGGCGUUCUGUGCCUUAAUUGGAUGUAAAUGGGUCGCCAGUCCAGUUUCAUUUCUGUUUGGCUACAACUGGAGCUCUGGGCCAUGGCUGUGCUUCUCACUAAAGGAGACAUAAGGUGCUACUGUGACGCCCCACACUGUGUGGCCACUGGAUACAUGUGUAAAUCAGAGCUAAAUGCCUGCUUCACCAAGGUUCUGGACCCAGUCAACACAAACUCGCCCCUCACUCAUGGGUGUUUAGACCCCAUCAUAAAUGCUGCAGAAAUCUGCAGCAGCUCGAGAACCAUGGACGCCCUUGGUGCGGCCUCAGACUCAACUCUGGAGUGCUGUUACAAUGACAUGUGCAACUACAGAGGCCUGCAUGACCUGGCACACAGCAGGGACUCCACAGAUAGCCGGUACCAGCCAGAUAGUAACAGCAGGAACCUGGUGACCCGGGUGCAGGAUCUGGCUUCUGCCAAGGAGGUCUGGUUCCGGGCAGCAGUGAUCGCUGUCCCCAUCGCCGGUGGCCUCAUCCUGGUGCUGCUCAUCAUGCUGGCAUUGCGAAUGCUUCGCAGUGAGAACAAGCGGCUACAGGACCAGCGACAACAGAUGUUGUCACGUCUCCACUACAGCUUCCAUGGCCACCAUACAAAAAAGGGCCAUGUGGCCAAGCUGGACCUCGAGUGCAUGGUGCCGGUCACAGGCCAUGAGAACUGCUGCCUGACCUGUGACAAGAUGAGGCAGGCCGAUCUGGGCAACGAUAAGAUUCUGUCGUUGGUGCACUGGGGGAUGUACAGCGGCCAUGGAAAGCUGGAAUUUGUAUGACUUCCUGCUGGCACCCAUGUGACUGUCACUUCCCAGCUAGGACUGCUCUCAUUGUUGGCUUUUGCUUUUUUCUUUUACUUUAAAAGAAGAAAAUAGGAAUCUAUUUGUAUGGACUGCUGGGUUUAUGUUUUAUCUUUUAUGACCAGUGGCAAAAAAAAUAUUAGACUGAUUUUAUCCUGUGCGGUUUUUGCUAGAGGAGCACUUUACUUGAAGAUGAAAAAGCAAAAGCAGCGAGCAGUGAUAUUUAAGCAAAAGAGGGCAGGACUAUGCUUUGUCAUUGCUCCCAAGGAUCCUGGACUUUUUCCCCAGAUUGCUGAAGGAUUCCAAAUCUGUCUUGUUUGCACAUUUUGUAAAAACAACAAAGUUGUUGUUGCUUAAAACAAAAACAUUUACAAUGACACCAGGGUACAACAGAGACUCAUUUCAGGAGUAAAAUAAAUUCAUUAUCUAUAGGUGUGCACACUUCUCUGUGUACAUUUCAUCAUUCAAGCUUGGUGCGUGUAUG